AUGUCUUUUUUAUACCCGAAAACGGGUAAGAAAGCCAGACGCACAUCUGGGGCCUACCUGGGCUACACAGCCACACGAACCGCCGCAAGGGGACUAGAGGCUGAGCUGGCUGUAAUAUACUACUCCGACUGGCCACCCGACCAUCUCCCAAAGCCCACAACAGACAUGGGACGCAAAACCCAGAAAUCACAACCGGGCCCCAGCAAAGAAUCGCACAACAUAGGGGAGAUGCUGCAGCGUCCAAACUCCAAGAUGGCAACCAGGCCAGAAGCUGGUGAACACAGAUCAGACUCCCAAACAGGUACAACCACCCCUGGGGACUCACCCAUAAUGUCACCAGCCAUGACACCUCUAGAGGCAAUGGCAGACCAGGACCCACAAGCCCCGGCCACCAAGCAGGAUAUUGCCAACCUCCUGCGAGAACUCAGACAUAUGACAGCAGCCAACCUGGAUGCAGUAUGCACCAAGGUGCAGGCGGUUAGUGCACGCACGCAGACUAUGGAAACCGAGGUCCAAGACCUCAAGCGAGAGGUGCACAACCUGCUGCAUUCACAUACCUACCUGACACUGAGAGUAGAUUUAGCUGAGGACUGCAAGCGAUGUGCCAACAUUAAACUCAGAAGGGUGUCUGACACCAUAGAUCAGGCAGAACUGCCACAGUAUCUAAGAUGGCUUAUGGACUCACUCCUACCGCAUUCGCAAGCCAAGAAAAUUCAGCUGGAAGGCUGCUAUAGGAUAAACAAGUCACAACAGGCCCCAUCCGAUGCCAGCCGAGACAUAAUUGUACGCUACCAGUCAGUGGCGGACAGGAAUCGCAUCCUAGCAGCAGUAAAGGGCAAACCAUCACCCGACCCUGAGGUACCACUCUCAAACGCCACCAACAGACGCGUCUCAUGA